AUGAUUGAGUGGCAGGAGAAGUGGUUGGAGAUGGACAUGCGGGAAUUCAUGCAGAAGUUCAAGGAGAAGCUGAGACCAUUCUCCGUGAUGGGGUGUGCCGCCUUCAUCAACUUCCCCGACGCUGCGGUCCAGUCGGAUGCUAGUGAGAGGGUGUACUAUGGCAACAACCGCCAGAGGUUGCGGCGCAUCAAACAGAUUUGGGAUAAGGACAAUUUCUUUAAGUGGAAUCAGGGGAUUCGCCUUCCAACUAUCUCUUCUACACAGUCGGAAGGCAGGACUGCCACCAAUUCUUCAAAGGCCAAGGCAGCCCCAAAAUCUCAUCCAGAUGAAGGGGUGAUUAAGGCAUCUACUUUCCAGUUGAUGUCGGAGUCUAAUUCAGCAUCGCCACCUUCUUUGCUUGCCGAUGAUGGCAGGUAUCAGUUGUUGAGUGAUGAGGGCGAGAUCGUGGAGAUCGAGGAGCAAAAGCUCACGGACGUAUAUGCGACAGAACAGUGGGACAGCUUUGAUCACCCAGAGGCGAGCGGGGAGAUCAACUACAGUGUGCUUGGCAAAGGUAUCAUUGACUUGAGCGCCUUGGGAUUCUAG